UCAGAAGCCACAACAAACACUUUGAUUAACCAAAACACAACGAUCACAUCAGAAUCCAACUGGACAAUAAUAAUGGAAGAUAAGGUUAUCGGAUCUGAACGUUGGGUAACCAACUCAGUCGGCGGAGAACUACGGAACAAUGAGAACGUGGUUGCGCAGCGAAGUGUUAAUAGUCUUGCUGGGACUUCUGGGGCUUCCCCAGUUGAUAACUGGCGGUAAUAUUCUGGCCGUGUAUCCGCACUUCGGUUUCAGCCACUUCAAGGUGGUGAUGCCCAUACUGAAUGAGUUGGCGCAACGUGGUCAUGACAUCACGGUGAUCUCGUACGUGCGGAACCCCCAAGCCGCAGCCUAUCCCAACUACAAGGAGCUAUUGACAUCGGCGCCUGGCGAGGAUCAGGCGAGCACCACUAUCAACUUGGUUCCCCUGACGGAGCACACACCCACCAGAUCGCUGGGCGUUCUCAUCCGGGAGUAUGUGGCCCUGCACGAGGAGGGUCAGAAGAGCUGUGAGCACCUCUACGCUAGUGGCCACGUGGAACGGGUCAUCGAACGGCAUCAGCAUAAGCCCUAUGAUCUGCUACUCACCGAGUACUUCAACUCCGAUUGCCAACUGGCGUUGGCCAAGCUAUUGAAGCUGCCAAUCAUAGGCUUGAGUACCUGUGCACUGAUGCCCUACUACUACGAUCGCAUCGAUCUGCCCGACACACCUGCCUUCAUACAGUCGGAAUUCGUGGGAUUCGCUGGCCAACUAAACUGGCAUGAACGGCUACUCAACUUCGUUCAGGCCAAGUUGCUGAAGUUGCUGUACAAGUACCACUCCAAUAGGGCUGAUAACGCCUUGGUGCGGAAGUACCUGGGAGUGGAAGUGGACGUGGAUGAGGUGGCUCGCACUCAAACGGCUUUUGUAUUCGGCAACCAACAUUACUCCCUGAUGGGCAGCCGCCCACAGUCACUGCAAUUCGUGGAAAUCGGAGGAGUACACAUCACUAAGAAGGCGGAGCAGGAACUACCAGAGCAUAUAGCCAAUUUCCUUAAUCAAUCAGGAGAGGGUGUGAUCUUUAUAAGCUGGGGCUCCAUGGUGCGGGCUUCAAGCAUUGACGCAGAUAAACUGUCGGCCAUACUAGAAGUGCUAAAGAGCCAGCCACUGAAGAUCAUCUGGAAAUGGGAGGCGGAUGAGACACCCGCAGCAGAUUCCUCCAAGUUUCUCUUCGUCAAAUGGGCUCCCCAACUGGCGCUAUUGUGUCACCCCAAAGUAAAGUUGUUUUGGGCCCAUGGCGGCUUACUGGGAACCACGGAAACAGUGCAUUGUGGCAAACCCCUGCUAGUCACCCCAAUCUACGGAGAUCAGUUCCUCAAUGCAUUCUCGGUGCAAAAUCGCGGAAUGGGUCUCAAGUUGGACUACCAAGACAUCACUGUACAAAAUCUAAACAAAGCUCUUACAGAGCUCCGCAAAAAUAGUUACGCCCAACGAUCGCUUGAGGUCUCCAAGGUGUUCAAUGGACGCCAGCAGACGCCGCUGGAAUCGGCCAUUUGGUCUGUGGAACAUGUCAUCAACAAUGGAUUAGUUGCCGCCAAACUACUGCAAUCUCCAGGCAUAGAACUCAAUGGAUUCAUCUACCAUUCACUGGAUAGUGUAGCCCUGAUCCUGACACCUUUAAUUCUACUGAUCGUAGUCCUAUGCUAUUUGUGCAAAAGGAAUCCAGCAAAGUCUGCCAACAAGAAAGUUGGCAAGAAGGCCAAGAGAUCGUAGUCUACUAAAAUUUACGCAUGACUAGACAAUUUCUGUAACAACAAAUAUAUAUUAAGCAUCGUUUAAGAGGACUUCAGUAGCGCAGACGCUGCAUGCAAUCUCUGCGACACUCCUCGAAGGUCAUGAAGUUGUUCUCAGUGGAGGCACAGCCCGUGUAGAUGAAGCUCUCGCAGUUUCCGGUGUUCCUAUUGUAGGCAUACCGCAACUGCCGACCUCGGCACAAACCAGGUGCCUUGGGCUGUCUGCAGGCUGGAAUUAGGACAACUUAGUUAAAAUCUAGCUUAUUAUUUAAUAAAUCCAGGACAUAC